AUGGCUUCGGACUUAGAGAUUGAUUUGAACCAGUUGACGGAAGAGGAAGAGGAAGAGAAUUACUCGGAGUAUCCUGAAGAAGAGGGUGGUGAAUUCGAACACGAAGAGUUGGUCGAAGAGCAGUAUGCUCAGAUCGAGGAAGAACUGUACUCUGAGAAUGAGGAAACUGAAGAGGAAGAGGAGGGAUAUGUUGAUUUCAGUAUCAGAGAAGAUGUGGAUAUGAUUGAAGCACCCGAAUUGAGUCCUUCGGGCGCGACCUUUGGCGACGAUAACGAGUCUGAUGAUGAGGAUCUUCAGACAGAUGAGGAGAUUCAGUCACAAAUUGCAACUAUUCGUCAGGAAGCCAACGAACAGAUGCUCAAAGACAAAGUUAUCGAAGAGGAACUUCUGAAACUUACUGGUCAACCGUCAGAAGUGGAUGAAGAUGAUGAAGGCAAUGGGAAUGCCACGACCUCUGGCGAACUAGCUUUCCAAGACGACAGAGAUACCCUGGAAGCUCGAGUCAAAGAAAUGCAACAACAAAUCCUCACAUUCGAAAGAGCAAUCGAGAACUCAACCUACACAAACCCAGCUCUUCAAGAAGAACUCGACGACCUUCAAGACCGCAUCUACAACCCCAACGACGGCUAUGAAGCCGUGGUCAAACGCCUGACCGCAGAACUUGGAGGCAUCACGGCGGAUCGCGACGCACUGCAGAAACAAAUUGCGGAAUCACAAUCUCAAGCGCCCGAGGGCCAUCACGUUGGGUAUGCUAUCAAGUCCGAUGGUUCCGGUUUUGAUUUUGACUUUUUUAGCACCCAGCAGCAACUUGGCGGUGAGGAGGACGACGGACGGAUUCUUCUGGUUAGUCCGAGACAGACCGUUGACCCCCUGGGCCAGCAGCCGACGAAUUGUGAGAAUUGUGAGGAUCUGCAGAAGAGGUUUGAUGGGGCGCAGGAGGAGUAUCGGGCGGAUGUUGUGAGGUUGAGGGGGGAGUUGGAGAGGGAGGUGGAGGAGGCUAGGGGGUUGAAAGGGGGGGUGGGUGAGGGGGAAGAGAGGGAUGGGGUGAUUGAGGAGUUGCAGGCGAAGAGGGAGGAGGUUCUGUUUUUCACGCGGGAGAUUACGAAGUCGGAGAUGGAGAGGCAGGGGCUUUUGAGGGUGAAUCGGGAGAUUGAGGGGAAAAUAAGAACAUUGGAGAAGGUGAAUGAGGAGUAUGCGAAGAGGAUUCGGGAGUUUGAGAUGGAGGUUGAGAGGAAGGCUGAUGAUGAACUUUAUCGGUCGGAUGUCAAGCUUGAACCUGCUAUCAAAGACGAGGCCGAACAAGCGGAGAUUCGACAGCUGAAAGCGAGGAUCGAGGAUCUUCAGAAGGUGGUUGAGCAGUAUGAGACGGAAGUCGUGGCGCUAAGCGAGGUUGCGCAGGCAAAGGAUACAAGAUAUGAGGAGUUACUUGCUUCCACGGCAAUCAUGAUCGAGUCCGAAAAACGCAUGCUCAAAAUCGAAAAAGAACUCCGCCAACAACUAGCAGAAUCCUCUAGUACCUCAGCAUACUCCGGCCCUUCAGCCACAGAGAUCAAUCUACUCCACAAAUCCCAAGCCGACAUCCAACGCGACGACGCCCACACGCAACUCAAAGCGCUCAGAUUCCAGAUCCAGGAUUUCUCUACCCAGUUCAUGCACCUUGAGAAGAAGACGUAUGAGUCUGGCCUCGCGCUCGAGAAGGAGAAAGAAGAACGCAGGAAGAUUGUGGCGGAUCUGCAAGCGAGGAUUGGCAGCGCGAGGAAGGAGAAUCAUAGGUUGUGUGAUCAGAUUGUGGAGUUAGGUGGCACGGUGGAUAAUUUCUUGCUGGGCACGCCGGUUAGGGGGGAGAGUCCGGGGAGGGAUGCGGGAGAGGAGAGGGAGAGGGAAAAGGAGUUGUUGGGUGCGAGGUUGGAGGGGGAACGGUUGAAGGGUGUUGUUGCGCGACUGGAGGUGGAGUUGGAGGGGGUGAGGGUCCAAGAGAGGGUUUUGAGGAGGGAGGUGCAGGAGGUUGGGCGUCUUGAGGGGAUUGUGGAACGACUUACGGGGGAGAGUGAGGUGUUAAAGGGGAAGCUAAGCGAGUGUGAGAAGGAUAUCAUCCGUCUCCAAGAUACUACGCAAGCCCGUCCGGAUCUUAGCACUGUCAUCCCACCCACCGACGUCAAGGUCACGACGCUCUUCACCGAAAGCCUCGAUAAUCUCAACACGCUCAUGGCGCAGAUCCUCGACUCCAAAGCACUAGAACACAACCUCUCGCUCCUUCUUCAACAACUUAAAACCUGGCUUUCAACGCAUGAAAGCACGUUAUACACCCUCCUUACGGAGGUUAAGGCGAGGGAAAGUGUUAUCCCCGACCUCGAGUUCCGAAUUGCGGAUUUGAGGGCCGAGAAUAAGGGGUUGUAUGCGAGACUUGAGGAGAAGAACGAGCGGGGGAUGGUUGGGAAGGUGAAGAAGGUUGUUAGGAAGGGGGAGAAGAAAGGGGAUAAGAAGGCGGUGGGGAUGAGGGAGUUGAAUGGGUUGGGUGAUAUUCCUAUUGUGGAGAGGAGGGGGAGAGUUACGAGGGGACGGCCGAAUUAUGAUGAGGGUCAUAGGAAGAGUGUUGUUAGUCCUGUUAGUGAGGGGUUUGUUGAGGAUGAAGUUGUGAAGGUGGAGGGGGAUGUGGAUCGGAAGGGGGAGGAGGGGGGUGGAGUGGUUACUAGUAGGAAGGGUGUAGUUACGGGGAGAGUUACGAAGAAGAAAACCGCGAAGGGAAAGAGGAAAAGUUCGAAGGUUUUGGAUCCUAAUUUCAUUGUUGAUCUCACCGCGGAAGUCGAAGAGGCUGUUGAAGAACCUCUGCCGGAGGACGUGGGGAAGGAGGUACUAGACGAGGAAACCCAACCUUCCAAUACUUCAAAAGCAGAUCAAGUCACCAAAAAACGUACCACCACCACCGCCACGACUAAGAAAAGCAAAAGAAAAGGCGCCAAAGCUCUCGUUCCCAACUUCAAAGUCGAUAAAACAGCACACCCCGAAGAAGAAGAUGAGAUUCUGGAGGCGGAUAUCGUGAAAGAGGAUCUAGAAGUCCUAGAUACGACUCCCGAAGUGAAGAGGGGGAGGAAGAGGAAAGCGAGGGUUUUGGAUGGGAGGUUUGUUGAUGAAGGAGUUGUGGGCGAGGAGGAGGAGGUUUUGCCGCUAUAA